UGAAAACAUGGCUAUGACCUUUCCCAUGUCCUUAAUCUCACUUUUCUUGCUUCCUCAUUUCUUCUUGGCAAAGUGCUCAAGUCCCCUCUCUCCUGCUUUAUAUGUAUUUGGAGAUUCUCUUGUAGAUAGUGGCAAUAAUGAUUUCCUUAAUACAUCUGCAAAAGCUAAUUACAAACCAUAUGGCAUAGACUUUCCAGAUGGUCCAACAGGCAGAUUCACCAAUGGAAACACUUGUGCAGAUUUUUUAGCUCAGUAUCUUGGGUUACCAUUUGUACCUCCAUACUUGGGUCUUUCAGAGGCACAAAAGAGUAAAACAACUACUGGAAUGAAUUAUGCAUCAGGAUCAGCUGGGAUCCUCCGAAAAUCGGGAUCCGCAAUAGGAAUGAAUUUAGCAUUGCAGAUACAGAUUGAGUUGUUCCAAGAGACUGUUAACCAUUACUUGCCCAAGAACUUUAAAACAAAUGAUGAGCUUUUACAGUACUUAUCCAAGUCUAUUUUUGUGGUAGACAUAGGCAGCAAUGACUAUCUCAACAACUAUCUCCAACCUGCACAUUACAAUAGUAGUCACCUAUACAGCCCCGCGCAAUUUGCUGGUAUCCUCUUAAAAGAACUCCGACGAAGUCUACAGGAUCUUUAUCAUUUGGGAGCCAGGAAGUUUUUGGUCUUCAAUAUCGCCUCUAUUGGUUGUACACCGGCCUUAUUAUAUAGCAAAAAGCUUACAAGUGGAUGUGCUGAGGAUGUAAAUCAGUUAAUAUCUCUCUACAAUGAAGGUCUACCAGAUAUGUUACAAAACCUGACAAGCAGCCUCCAGGGUUCAAACUUUGUUCUUGGAGAAUUUUAUGCAUCCAGCUAUGACUCGAACCAAAACCCUUCUAAAUAUGGGUUCACAACUAGAAGCCCUUGUUGUGUUAUAAACACUACAACUGCACAAUGCAUCCAAGAUGUACAACCUUGCCUGGAUAGGACUACACAUAUCUACUGGGAUGCAGUUCAUCCAACACAAGAAUCAAACUUCUUGUUUGCAACAGGUUGCUUCUAUGGUACUACACAAUGUACUCCAAUAAACAUACUGCAGCUCACUGUUCAGAAGCAAUAAGUGAUGCAGUUUGAAGCCAGAAGGAAAAGAAAGAUAAAGAGUCUUCUUGUGGUUUGGUCUGGUUCAUCAUUGAACCAAUUUUUAAUCCAAACCAACCCAUGAAAUUGGAGAUUUUUGGUUUAUUUAAAACCAGGAUUGUGAGGGAUUUAGAUAGGAUAUAUAGUUUUUUUAUUAUUAAUUUAUUUCCUUAUCCUGUUGGUUUAUUUUAUUAGAGUCCAAUUUGUAAUAAAUUUCUUCCAUUACAACAUAUGUAUAGAGGGUUUCUUUAGUUAAGUUAAUCUCUGUUUUAGAUAGAUUAUGAAUCUUUAUUUUCUUAUUU